AUGGUUUACCACCUUGCAGUUAUGUACCCCAAUGAGGAGGGUAUUCAAUUCAAUGAGUCUUACUACCUGCAAACCCACAUGCCACUAGUGGAUUCCAAAUGGAAGAAGUAUGGAUUGCUCGGCUGGAAGGUCAUCAAAUACACACACUCCAUGGAUGGUACUCCCUCUAAAUACUUGAUCGCCUGCAAGCUGGAGUUCGAGGGUGAAGAAGGCUGGAAGGUGGCCUCAAAGGACCCUGAGAACGCCGAGGUCUUUGGUGAUAUUCCCAACUUCACCAACGUGCAACCCAUCACUUUGGCCGGCUCGCAGAUUUAA